GGUUCCUGAAUAGUCUCCCUGGUCUUAAAAAAAAACAUUUUAAAAAUCUUCGUAUUUUCCGUGGAACAAUGUCUAGCAUAAAAAUCAAUCAUUUAUAAAUAGAUAUUUAUGAUUCUCUAGAAUUUAUAAAAAAUAAAUAUUUGAAACAAAAAUCAUCCAUAUAUCGCAUUGCGUUACCCCCCGAACUUUGCCGCCAUCAUGCAGCCCGAAGCUUUGUUUUGAUCUGUGGUGUUUGUAAACAUUGCGUUGAAUCCGUUCGUGAUCGCUCUCAAAGUUUUCACUUUACUUAUUAGAUUAGAUUUGUAUGUUUAAUUGACUUAAGGAUCGUUAAAUUUAUGUAGUUAAAUAGUGGAAAUUGAAUUUUCUGAGAAAUAUAAACCAUGAGUAAGAGGAAAAUGUCUGAUCCGCUCGUUUGCCAGGAAGAUGAAGUCGAAGGAGAAAGGUACAACCCCGAGUACAACCCCCCAGUUGAGGCUGAAGAAUCAGCUGUGUUGGAAAUUUCACCUUUAAAUCUCAGCUACACGGAAUCGGAAACCAACCCGGAAUAUUUGGAGGAAUCUGAAGAGGAGGAUGAACCUUCAUACAAUGAGGCAACCGUUCCGACGAGCAUGUGCCUCGAGCUAAGUACUGCAUCUGCGAAACUGUUCCAAACUAAGUUCCAUUUCGUCGGCGUUUUCUACUUACGCAUGUUCAAGUCGCAGCGUCUCGCCGGCCCAAUCUGCACCGCAGAUAUAACCGGAAACAGCAUGGCGGAGAUUACCGCAAAUAUCUGGGAACAUGCUUCCGCGCACGUUUCCCGGGACGUUAUUGUUGAAACCAUCGAGGGAGGACCAAUUGUCAGGUGGGGUCCAACGGAUAAACCAGAACCCUGUGACGCUGAAAGGUUUAUUUCAUUCAAAGACGAGAAACAGAGGAAAAAUUAUUCCUUCAAAAAUCUGAACUCGAAGCUCCUGGUGUCAUGGAGAGGAAAAGAAAUACAUGUAUAUGUAUUUAAAUACUCCAUCGCAAUCACGACAAACACCAUAUUUGAAAUGGUUAAAAGGCAACUACUCAACCCCGAGAAGAAGGACCGAGCUGGCGCUCCAUCAACGGAGGAGCUGUUCAAGUGCAUGGAUGAGCUUAAACAACUCCACCCAAACUACACCGCGCUACAUUCAGCUUGGGAAAAAUGGGCCAACUUUGUAUUGUCCCACACGGCUGACUUGCGCGCAAAGCUGAUGCGGGAAGCUCCACCGGAUGAUUACCUCUUCUUGUUCCGGAGUGUUGCUACAACCGAGGGCGAACAACUGAUCGCUACACGGCAGGGUCUUAGUGUUGCCAGAACCGUUCUUACCAGCUAUUUCACUAAGGUGGAGGUUUUCGGAGAGCUCGCGGAUCAAAAUUUCGAAAAUGCAGUCAAAUUGCAGCAGCUGGCGCGAGAGCUAAAGGCUCAAGGAGAGUCUACCACAGCUAUGUUGGACGCGUUUGAAUCUUCCCUGCCACCGGUUGAAGUUGAAUUUAGUCGCAAGUUGGGAGGCCAAGUUACCAAUGCUGAUGAUAACGAGCAUAUGCCCCGCUGAAAUUUGAAGUACAUUUUUUCUUUUGUUACUCGUUAAAUAAAAGACCAAAAUUUGAUUACA